AUGGAAAAUAAUAUUUUGGAAUCUGCAGAAAAGGACGGACUGGAAUCUAUAUUAGACUCUUGGGGAUUCAGCUACAUUUUACAAACAUUAAAAGAUGAAUCUAUAACACUUGAACGGCUAAGAUAUUUGGAAGAGCAGGACUUGACAUACUUAUUCCGGGAACGUAAGUUAGGAGAAAAAGUGGAGUUUCGUUUCAAGCUUCAGCAAUGGAAAAUCGCAAAUGGAUAUUCUGAUGUCAAAGCCUGCGAUACAAUAUCUGUAGACACGACUUUCCUGGAAGACAUGGAAAAUUCACAAUAUUUAAACUGCAGUCAAUCAACAAGCUCUUUUUCUAAAGUUAUUAACGAUCCUAAUGGGUACCGCGGCUCCAUUAAUAUUCAAUCAGUAUUGGGUAGUCAUCCAAAUGGAUACUAUGUCAAUCAGACUUACAAAGAAACUGGAAAACUGAACGACGCAGCACGUAAAAUUCUAAUAGAUUCUAUAGUAACUUGGCACUUGAGACAUAAAAUAAAACUUGGAAGAAAAGAAUUUGAGCACAUUUCUAUUAAAAUUGAAGAAACAUUCAAUGAUGACAAGGUUGGAGCCAUACGAACCUACUUUUGUGGUUAA